AUGGUUCAGCAGAUGAAGAUCGGGGACCCGGCGGCGGCUCCGCGGGAGAAGCAGCGAGGCUGGCGCAGCGCCGAGGUCGCGGCCCUGGGGGCCCGCAAUCUGGACCCAAGAAUCCGCGAGCGCUUCACUGAGCGCCCCGCCUCCGAGCGGGACACCUGCAGCGCGAGUCUGGAGCGGAACUGGGAGGUGGAAGAUUCCCUUGCGUCCCCGAGAAGGAGACUGAAGAUCCGAACUCCUGAGUUCUGGAUGAGGGGAUGCCGCAUCUAUGGGAUGCAUGGCCAUCUGCGGGAUGUUCUCCGGCGGCAUCAAUGUGCCAGUUUUUCCGCGCGGGAGGGAAAGAAGGGCGCCCACAUCUACUCUUCUCCGCCCACCGCUGCCGCUAAGGUGAGUCGGACUGAGCGCAGCCACUGUCCAACCCAGACAGUGAAGAAACUCUUGGAAGAACAGAGGCGCCGUCAGCAGCAACCUGAGACUGGUGGGGUACCGGGACACUUCUCCCCUCCCCUGGCCCAGCCACUGACCCCAUCUGUGAAGGAGGCAGAGACAGGCCAUACUCACUUCCCGACCUUCGAAGAGACCGUGGAUUCAGGACCUGGCAACCUGGCUCCUCCUCCUUCAGGCUUUCCAGACUGGGACCCUAGCACCCAUGCUGCCUACACAGACAGCUCUUGCCCGUACUCUGCUGCCGAAGGCUUCCUGACUCCUGACUUCUACCCACCGUCAGACCCGGGGCGCUCAGGCCCAUUUCCUCUGGGGAUGGAGGUAGGACCCUGGAGAGUCUCUAGCGUCCCCCCAGGAUCCCCACAGUUGCCUCCAUCCACUGGACCCUCCCUGGAGACAGCCCGAGCUCACAUACUGGCUUUGGGGCCACAGCAGCUGCUGGCCCAGGAUGAGGAAGGAGACACGCUCUUGCACCUAUUUGCUGCUCGGGGACUGCGCUGGGCAGCGUAUGCUGCGGCAGAGGUGUUACAGAUGUACCGACAGCUGGAUAUUCGUGAGCAUAAAGGCAAGACGCCGCUCCUGGUGGCAGCUGCUGCCAACCAGCCCCUGAUUGUGGAGGACCUGCUGAGCCUGGGAGCAGAGGCGAACGCUACUGACCAUCAAGGCCGUUCUGUCUUGCAUGUGGCUGCCACCUACGGGCUCCCAGAAGUCCUUUCGGCUGUGUUUAAAUCGGGCAUUCCAGUGGACCUGGAAGCCAGAGACUUCGAAGGCCUCACCGCUCUCCACACGGCCACCCUGGCUCUCAACGCUGCUAUGCCCCUGCCUAGCGUCUGUCCGAGGAUGCUGAGUCCCCAAGCCCGAGACAGACUGGCUUGUGUGCAGAUGUUGCUGCAGAUGGGUGCCAGUCAUACCAGCCAGGAGAUCAAGAGCAACAAGACCAUUCUGCACUUGGCUGUACAGGCUGCCAACCCUACCCUGGUUCAGUUGCUCCUGGGGCUGCCAAGGGGGGACCUGCGGGCCUUUGUCAACAUGAAGGCCCAUGGGAACACAGCCCUCCACAUGGCAGCGGCCCUGCCCCCUGGACCACCCCAGGAGGCCAUCGUGAGGCAUUUGCUGGCCGCUGGAGCAGACCCCACAUUGCGCAACCUGGAAAAUGAACAACCCGUUCACUUGUUGCGACCUGGGCCGGGCCCUGAGGGGCUCCGGCAGCUGUUGAAGAGGAGCCGUGCGGCACCCCCAGGCUUGUCCUCUUAGGACUGAAAUCCAGAAC